CUGGAAGGAAAUCUGGGCAGAUCAGCCUUUGCUUCCCAGCUGUUCUGCUUUCCGAAAACACCAGAAACCCAGCACUGAGCAUUCGGUCUGGCUGCUGGACAUCCCAGCUAAGAAGACGCCAUAGACAGCUACCCCAGCGACCUAGUUCCCAGGGAAGAGGGGACAUCACAGGAGGGUCACUCACUUCAUCACUGGGGAGCAGCACCAUCAACUGUUACCAGCCAUGGGUCAGUCCUCCUCUUCUACACCCCCUCAGAAGGAGGAGCCUGAUUUGACCUCCAGCUUGGACACAAAUCUUUACAAUUUCAAGAUGGAAACCAAGAUCCUGUCUCAGGAAUUAACCACCUUGAUUGGAUCAUACCUAAAGGACGGAAACCUGCGGGGAACAGUUUCUGCAAUCAGCGAUGCUCUGAGUGACAUCGAGAAAAUCCCACUAAACAUCGCAGUGAUGGGGGAGAUUGGGGCUGGAAAAUCCAGUCUCAUCAAUGCUCUACAGGGAGUGAGGUCUGAUGAAGAGGGUGCGGCUGCUUCCACCGGAGUGGUAUGUACCACCACUGAGAGAAAACCAUACCCAUACUCCAAGGCUCCCAGUGUGACACUCUGGGACCUGCCGGGCAUCGGGUCCACUGCCUUCCAACCACAAGAUUACCUGAAGAAAAUCAAGUUUGAGGAGUAUGACUUCUUCAUUAUUGUCUCUUCUGGACGCUUUAAACACAAUGAUGCAGAACUAGCCAAAGCCAUCGUGCAAGUGAAUAGGCGUUUCUAUUUUGUUCAAACCCACACAGACAAUGAUCUAAUGGCUCAAAAACAGUGUAGUCCUCAGAGAUUCAAUAGAGAGAACACCUUAAAGCAGAUUCGAAAUUCCAUCUCAAGUAUACUUAAGGAAGUGACCCAGCAGGAGCCUCCAGUCUUCUUAGUCUCUAACUUUGAUGUGUCUGACUUUGACUUCCCAGAGCUGGAGGCCACCCUUCUGAGGGAGCUCCCAGACCACAAACAUCACAUCUUCAUGCUCACUUUGUCAGUUGUUACACAGUCUGCCAUAGACCAGAAGAGGGACACACUGAAACAGAAGGUCUGGAGGGAUUCCGUAAUGCCAAGAGCAUGGGUCACCAUACCAUUUAAGGGCUUGACCAAAAAUGACAUAGAGAAGUUAAAAGAGACUUUGAACUUCUGCAGAUCUUCCUUUGGCCUGGAUGAGGCAUCCCUGGAAAACAUCGCUGAGGAUUCGCACGUGGCCCUGGAGGAACUCAAGGAGAACAUUAAGUCUCCGCAUUUGUUCUCAGAAGAGCAGGGUAAAUCCUUAACAGAUAAACUUUUGGAGUACAUUAGCCGUCCUUACUUUUCAAAGACUUUCCAUUUGCAAAAUUUCUUCAUUGACACUGUGGCAAAUGAUGUUAAAAUUCUCCUUAGCAAAGAAGAGCUUUUCACAGAGAGGCAUCUUUUCCUGGAAACAUCUGCAUGUAAGCCUUCCAGACCCUCCCCUUCAACGGCCCAGCUUUUGGAAUCCAGCUUUGAAAUUUUUUUUAAGAACUUCAAGAAGGAAAACAAAAUUCUCUCUGAGGAAACUAUCACCUUGAUUGAAUCCCACCUGGAGAAUAAGAACCUCCCGGGAGCGGUUUCUGCAAUCAGCAAUGCUCUCAGAAACAUCGACAGAGCCCCACUGAACAUCGCAGUGACGGGAGAAGCAGGGGUAGGCAAAUCCAGCUUUAUCAAUGCCCUGAGAGGAGUGAGGGAUGAAGAAGAAGGCGCAGCUGCCACUGGGGUGGUAGAGACAACCAUGGAGAGAACUCCAUACCCACACCCAAAGCUUCCCAUGGUGACAAUAUGGGACCUGCCUGGCAUUGGGUCCACGUCCUUCCCUCCUGAAAAGUACCUAACAGACAUGAAGUUUGGUGAUUAUGACUUCUUUAUUAUCAUCUCAGCUACACGCUUCAAAGACACUGAUGUCCAUCUGGCCAAAGUCAUGGCCAAGAUGAAUACAAAGUUCUACUUUGUCCGAACCAAGAUAGAUCAAGAUGUAAAUAAUGAACAGAAAGGUAAACCUAAGACUUUCAAUAGAGACAGCGUCUUAAAGAAAAUCCGAGACGACUGUUCAAGGCAUCUCCAGGAGACUCUCUCCAGUGAGCCCCCAGUUUUCUUGGUCUCUAACUUUGAUGUGUCUGACUUUGACUUCCCAGAGCUGGAGACCACCCUACUGAGCGAGCUCCCAGCCCACAAGCGCCAUGUCUUCAUGCUGUCCUUGCACAGUGUUACUGAGACUGCCAUUGACCGGAAGAGGGAUUUCCUGAAACAGAAGAUCCGGCUGGAGGCCUUGAAGGCCGGAGCUUGGGCCACCAUUCCAUUUGGGGGCUUGGUCAGAGAUAAGAUCCAGAAGGUAGAGGAGACCUUGGAUCUCUACAGGUCCUACUUUGGGCUGGAUGAUGCCUCGCUGGAAAAUAUUGCCAAGGAUUUUAACGUGUCUGUCAGUGAAAUCAAGGCACACCUUAAGUCUCUCCAUUUGCUAACGAGGACCAACGACAUGUCCUUAGAAAACAAACUAUGGAAAUACAUUGAAUAUAUUUCCUCUGUUACUGGGGGGCUACUUGCCACAGGCCUUUACUUUAGAAAGACUUUCUAUUUGAAAAAUCUCUUCAUUGAUACAGUGGCAAGUGAUGCCAAGACUCUUCUCAAUAAGGAGUUUUUAUCAGAGAAGCUGGCUAACCCCCCAGAAUACUGGGAAGCAGCGAUGGAGCUAUGAGGCACUUACCUUCAGGCUGGCUUUGGUCACUGACUUAUGAACUACUUUGAAGCAGCAAAUAUUUUCUAUGAAAGACCAGAGGAUUCACCUCUUUCAGAGUCUGUGGCAGCUGAAGAAGAGUCAUCAACAACGUAAACACACAUGGGAAAAACUGUCUCCCACUAUAAUAUCAUGAUGAGAACACAUGGGUAUAUAACAAGUGACUUAUAAUAUCCUUCUGAAAUUAAACUUGGAUCUUUUGUCUCAUGGAGAUUCUCCAGGCAUUGCCACAAGAAUAUCUUUUGGAGUUAUGAAGGACAGGGGGCUGAUUCCCAGAACACAUGAGGCGGUAUCUCCUGGACACAAGAGCCACAUGGUAGAUGGGACUGUGAGCAUUGUCCAUGCUACCUCCAGGAUGGACACAAGAGCCUCAGCAGCCUUCCUUAAGGGCAGAGGCAAAUCCCAUGACCCCUUUCUUCUAUCCUUAGCUCUAAGUCCAGAACCACAUGGCCGUAGCUGCCAAGUUCCGCUGCUUGCUGGGGCUAGAACAUGGCUCCCUUGUUCAUUUACAUCUUUACCAGCUACCUGGUCUUGAUGGUUCCCAUCACUGCCUCAGCUUGGCCGUUUGGAAAUUUACUCUGUAGACCAGGCUGGCCUCAGACUCAGAGACAGGCCAGCCUCUGCCUUCCCAGUGCUGGGAUUAAAGGUGUGCGCCACCACACCAGACUCUAAACUUUUCUCUAGCUCCUUUUCACGAGUUGAAAUUUUAUCUGGGUGGGAUUUUACCCUGAGGUCACCACUCCCUUUAGUAUAUUUCUUAAUCUGUUUAUCUUCUUGGACACAGGAUUUGCUCUAUUCUACUUCCUAAUGCUUUUUUCCUCCUUAAAAUUUAUAUUUUAUAAUUUACCCUGCUCAGAUUGCUCUUUUUCAUUAUAAAUUUUCAUUAGAGUUAACCUGACAUAGUACAUACCGGGCUAUUUUGAUAUUUCUUCUGCCAAUGGAAUUAAUCCAAAAGUCUUAACUUUAGCCUCAGGCAGACUCUUCAGACAAGGGCAGAAGACAGCUACUUUCUUCACUAAAAUGUCACAAGAGCUAUCUACUAAGGCAGCAUACUAAAAUUCUCCCAUAUAAACUCUUGAGCAAAUGCCCACAUUCAUCAAAUCACAUUCAACACCACUGUCUUCCAUGCUAGUACCAGUAUGGCCCAUUAAGCAGUACUUAAAGCAUUCAACUGCUUUUCUAACCCACAGUCCUAACGUCCAUAUUCCUUCAAACAAAAGCAUGGUCAGACCUGUAACAGCAAUACCCCACUCCUGGUACCAACUUCUGUCUGAGUUAGGGUUUCUGACACUGUGAAGAGACACCAAGACCACAGCAACUCUUGUAAAGGAAACAUUUAAUUGGGGUGGAAACAUUUAAUUCAGAUAUUCAGUCCAUUAUUUUUUUUAAAUAUUUAUUUAUUAUGUAUACAAUGUUCUGUCUGUGUGUAUGCCUGAAGGCCAGAAGAGGGCACCAGACCUCAUUACAGAUGGUUGUGAGCCACCAUGUGGUUGCUGGGAACUGAACUCAGGACCUCUGGAAGAGCAGGCAAUGCUCUCAACCGCUGAGCCAUCUCUCCAGCCCCCUAUUCAGUCCAUUAUUAAUGUAAUGUUCUGUCCCUUUAAGAGACAAGCCACACCCACUCUCUCCCUGUCCGUUGAGGCUGAUCUUCAGCUUCCAGCCUGAGUCCCUUCUCUUUUAUGUCCCUCCCACAAAGAAACAGCUUCUGCCUUGCUCCAUUCUCACCACUUCUCCCCUUUCGCCCUCUCUGUCUCUCUCUGUUUCUCUCUGCUCUUCCCCCUUCUCCCCUUCCCCCUUCUCCCCUUUUCUUCCAUAACCCAGUAAAUAAAUAUCCAAACUCACUCUGCAUGAUGUGCCUAUCCUUAUGUCUCUCGCCUGCCAUGUAGCUCCCUCCCCAGGAUCAGCUGCCUUCUGAGACCUGUGGCAUGAUCUCAUGUUGUGCCCAUCCAUCUGUCUCUCCUCAUAGGACUCCCUGCCCCUGCGCCAUCCCUGCCUGGAAUUCGUGGUCCACUGCAGCCACUUGGGGAACUGCCCCAUCCCUGCCUGGGACUGUCUGCUCUCGCAACCCAGUGCCUGCUGCCUGGCCCCACUAGAGGACCUGCAGUAUGGUCUCAUGGCCCACUGCCUGCUGCAGCCACUGGGGAUCCGUAGCAUUUUUACUUAACCCAUUACAAUUAUCAAGGACCAUGGUGCUGGAGAAGUAGUUGAGAGUCCUACAUUGCAGGCAACAGGAAAUGGUCUGACAGUCACACUGAGGGAAUCUUGAGCAAAAGAGACCUUAAAGUCCACCCCCACAAUGACACACUUCCUCCAGCAAGGUUAUACUUCCUCCAACAAUGCCACACCUCCUAAUAGUGCCACUCCCCAUGACUUAAGGGGAGCAAUUACUUCAAACUAUCACAAACCCUAUCUCAACAAAAAUGAAACAAACAAAAUAAAAUAAGUAACUGCCCAUU